AUGGCGCUUUCUCAACGUGGCCUGCAGUGGGCUAUGCAGGCAGACAAUCUUCUGAUUUGGCGCAUUACUAAAGAUCUUUGGCAUCCCGACCAACAUGCUUCCGGAGUGGUUAGUUUGGGUAUUGCGGAGAAUUCGUUGAUGCACGCCGAAUUGACAAACUAUAUUAGCAACAAUCUGCACAUCAGUGAAGAAAUGCUCACAUAUGGCGAUGGAGCAGGCGGUCGAGAGAUACUACGUCAGGCGCUGGCUCGCUUCCUGACUCGACAAUUCACGCCAGCAAUACCACUCACGGCCGAACAUAUUUGUAUUACGAAUGGAGUAUCCAGUGCAGUUGAGCACCUCAGCAGUGUCUUGGCCGAUCCAGGAGAUAUCUUCCUACUUGGAAAACCUUACUUUGGCGGCUUUCUCAAUAGUAUCGGUCUGCGUACCGGCACAGUAGUGGUGCCAGUCUCUUUUGGCGAUGUCGAUCCACUGUCAAUGGAAGCUGUGGAGGUGUACGAGUCAGCAAUCAAAAGGUGCAUUUGCAUGUCUAAAAAGGUGGCGGCCUUGGUGCUCUGCCACCCACACAAUCCAUUAGGACGAUGUUACUCUCGUCAGACAUUAAAAGGGUGGAUGCGCCUUUGCGCGAAAUACAGCAUUCAUUUGAUCAGCGACGAAAUUUACGCAUUAUCGGUUUUUCAAGUUGGCGAACAGGUUUUCGCACAUUCCGACAAUUCCAGCGAAGAGGUUUUCAUUUCUUUAUGUGCGAUCGAGCCGACUGGAAUAAUAGACCCUUCCCUGGUUCAUGUGGUGUAUGGCCUUUCAAAAGAUUUUGGCGCAAAUGGCCUACGGAUUGGCUGCAUUAUCAGUCAAAACAAUGUCAACUUACACCGGGCUCUAGUGCCUCCAGCUGUCUACAGCUACGCGUCGUCUAUCUCCGAGGUUGCCGCUGCAAAGCUGCUGAAUGAUGAUUUAUUCAUUGACUGGUAUCUUGUGGAAAAUCGAAAACGGCUGAAGCAAAAAUACGACAAGAUUGUCACCUGGGCUGAACACCAUCAUAUUCAGUACCAAAAGGGCGUGAAUGCUGCAUUUUUCCUCUGGAUCAAACUCGGACCAAUGUUCAAGGAGAUGUCUCAACGGAAGGGAAAUUUAUCGACGAACCCAACAAGUGUUGAAAACCUUGAUACUCUCAUCCAAAAUGCUUUACUUGCAAAAAGAGUCUUCCUAGUGUCAGGUGCGAAUUGCGGUAACGAUGCUGAAGGUUGGUUCAGGAUUGUCUUUAGCCAAGCAGACCAUAACAUCAAAGAAGGGUUACGCAGGAUAGAGAGCGUGUUAGGCCUUCUGCAUAAGGACGGGGUUCCGUAG